UUAUAUACUCCUCCUUUUUUUGACACCUGUGUUGCUAGAAUUUGGCUGAUGCAAAAAAGAAAGGCAUUAAGGAUGAACUUCAGAAGCUUAUCUCCGAGUGGCCCAAGGAAGUUAUUAAGUACAGGAAAAGAGAGCAUCAAAAGCAUCGUCUUUAAAAUCCGAUAUCCUUGCCAUGGUUAGUCAACUGAACAUGGGACUUGAGGCAAGUCUACAUUUGGAAGACCUUAAGGGAUAAAUGCUUGUUCAAGGAUGAGCUUCAUACUGUGAUGAUUUUUCUGGGUCUUCUGUUAGGUCUUGAGUUCAAAGUUUCAGCAAUAGUCUCUUUUGUCUUUGUAUUUGUUUGCAAUUUCAUCUUUGGCUUUCUGCCUUAUGUCGACAACUUUGCAAGCAUUGGAGGUUUCGUAUCAAGGUUCCUUCUUGGAUCUGUACUUCUACCCAGCAGAAAGCUUGAAGUUUCGUAUCAUGAUUAUUCUUGGAUCUGUACUUCUUGCAAUUCAAUCUACCAGGGUAAAAAAGUGCUGAGUAAGAAGGCUAAAUUGGGUCUAGAAUUCAGUGAUUCCAAUGCCAGGUGGAAAUGGAAUGCAAGAAGUGGCACUGAGGGUAAAUAGUAAGUGUUCUAUAAAGUUAAGAUCAAAGGAACACAGGACACUCUCUUAGACAACACAGGAACACUCAUCUUUGGCAGUGCUAAAUCACUCCAUGAGGUAUACAUUAAUGACUAUGGCCUUGCGAAAAAGUAUAGGGAUCUUCUAAUCUGUUUGAUGCUUGCAGAUUAGCUGGUGAUAACAACGAAUAUCAAAGGAUAAAUAUUUAAGACUUUUAUGUAAUUAGAUAAUAUUGAAAUAUUGAAGUUGUUAUUUUAUUUUAUUUUUUAAAGAAAAACAAUAAUAGUUAUGUAGAAC